AUGCAUCCUGCUUUUGUCCUGGAGUUCACCUCUGUGGCUUAGAUUUGUCUCAGGAACAUUCGUCUUCAGUCUCUGUGUUAACUAGAAAUCAAUCAUGAGGAGAUUUGUCUACUGCAAGGUGGUCCUGGCUACGUCGCUGAUGUGGGUCCUUGUUGACAUCUUCUUACUCCUGUACUUCAGCGAGUGUAACAAAUGUGAUGACAAGAAGGAGAGAUCCCUGCUGCCUGCACUGAGGGCUGUUAUUUCAAGAAACCAAGAAGGUCCAGGAGAAAUGGGAAAGGCUGUGCUUAUUCCAAAAGAUGACCAAGAGAAAAUGAAAGAGUUGUUUAAAAUCAAUCAAUUUAACCUCAUGGCCAGUGACUUGAUUGCCCUUAACCGAAGUCUGCCAGAUGUGAGAUUAGAAGGAUGCAAGACGAAAGUCUACCCUGAUGAACUGCCAAACACAAGUGUAGUCAUUGUGUUCCAUAAUGAAGCUUGGAGCACUCUACUUAGAACUGUCUAUAGUGUUAUAAAUCGCUCUCCACACUACCUGCUCUCUGAGGUCAUCCUGGUCGAUGAUGCCAGUGAAAGAGAUUUUCUCAAGUUGACAUUAGAGAACUACGUGAAAACUUUAGAAGUGCCAGUAAAAAUUAUCAGGAUGGAAGAGCGCUCUGGGUUAAUACGUGCCCGUCUCCGCGGAGCAGCUGCUUCAAAAGGACAGGUCAUAACUUUUCUGGACGCACACUGUGAGUGCACCUUAGGAUGGCUGGAGCCCUUGCUGGCGAGAAUAAAGGAAGACAGGAAAACAGUUGUGUGCCCUAUCAUUGAUGUUAUUAGCGAUGAUACCUUUGAAUACAUGGCUGGGUCAGACAUGACUUAUGGUGGUUUUAACUGGAAGCUAAAUUUCCGAUGGUAUCCUGUUCCUCAAAGAGAAAUGGAUAGGAGAAAAGGAGACAGAACACUACCUGUCAGGACCCCUACUAUGGCUGGUGGCCUAUUUUCUAUUGACAGAAACUACUUUGAAGAGAUAGGAACUUACGAUGCAGGAAUGGAUAUCUGGGGUGGAGAGAAUCUUGAAAUGUCUUUUAGGAUCUGGCAAUGUGGAGGCUCUUUGGAGAUUGUGACUUGCUCUCAUGUCGGUCAUGUUUUUCGAAAGGCAACUCCAUAUACAUUCCCUGGUGGCACUGGCCAUGUUAUUAAUAAGAACAACAGAAGACUGGCAGAAGUUUGGAUGGACGAAUUUAAAGAUUUCUUCUACAUCAUAUCCCCAGGUGUUGUCAAAGUGGAUUAUGGAGAUGUGUCAGUCAGAAAAACACUAAGGGAAAAUCUGAAGUGUAAGCCUUUUUCUUGGUACCUAGAAAACAUUUAUCCGGACUCCCAGAUCCCAAGACGUUAUUACUCACUUGGUGAGAUAAGAAAUGUUGAAACCAAUCAAUGCUUAGACAACAUGGGCCGCAAAGAAAAUGAGAAAGUGGGUAUAUUCAACUGCCAUGGCAUGGGAGGUAACCAGGUGUUUUCUUAUACUGCUGACAAAGAAAUAAGAACUGAUGACUUGUGCCUGGAUGUUUCAAGACUCAAUGGACCUGUAAUCAUGUUAAAAUGCCACCAUAUGAGAGGAAAUCAGCUGUGGGAAUAUGAUGCUGAGAGACUCACUUUGAGACAUGUGAACAGUAACCAAUGUCUUGAUGAACCUUCUGAAGAAGACAAAAUGGUGCCUACCAUGCAGGACUGCAGUGGCAGCAGAUCUCAACAGUGGCUGCUAAGGAACAUGACCUUGGGGGCAUGA